CUCGUCACAACAAAACGAUCCACAAUGGUCUGGGGUUACUUUGGCAGUCUCCUCUACAUCGGGCUCCUCUUUACAAAUGCCAUCGCCAUCCUCAACGAAGAACGCUUCUUGGCUCGCAUCGGCUGGUCUACCCGCUCCCAUGCUGCCGCCAACCAAGGCUUUGGACACUCUCCCACACCACAUCUCUAUGACGCUCCCGGAUCCGCGACAAGCUUCGGCGGACGGGGGAGUGGGGAAGGGCCGGGCGUCAAGGCCAAGCUGGUCAAUCUGAUAUCCGCGACGAGGACUUUGAUGCGGAUACCUUUGAUCGUUGUGAAUGUUGUAGUGUGAGUCUUAUUGAUUCCCAGAGAUUCUCGCCGGCUGAUAGCGGGAUAGUAUUGUCUAUGAGGUGUUGCUCGGCUGAGCCCUUAAUGCAGUCAUGCAG